AUGGAUUCUCCUACACUAAUAGAAGGUAGUUUACCGGAGCGUAUUACUAAAAGAGAUCGUGAAAGAAAGAAUAUUAUUGAAAGACGGAGAGAAGAAAGGCAAUCAUUGGCUGUAUAUGAUAUUAGAAGAGCACAAGAAAAUUUACAAUUAUUAGAGAAUGAAGCUUCUGAUCUAGAAAUAAAAUUAUUACCUAAAAAGAAGUUCGGUUUUAAAAAUCGAAGAGUUGUAAAAAAAACAUCUGACAAGACACACGAUAUGACAGAUGGUUUAAAAGAUUUGAAGAUAUCGGAGGGAAUUGUAAAUGGGUCUGCAAAACAAAAUCAUAAAUUAUCAAGUAAAUAUGGGGAUAGUGCAUGUAUGUUAUUAGGGAAAGUUAAUGAACAAUUAAUUUUGGAUGCUGAAAAUGUGAAUAAAAAUGAUAUUCUACUUUCUGAUUUAAGCCAUUGUACAGUACGGAUUUAUGGCACACCUAGUACUUUACACAUGGUAAACUUGAAACAGUGUACUGUAUUAGUUGGACCAGUAACUUCAUCUGUAUUUGCACACGACUGUAAUGAAUGUGCAUUUGCCUUCGCAUGUCAACAACUUCGAUUUCAUUCUUCAACAGAUUGUACUAUUUAUUUACAUGUUACAAGUAGAUCAAUUAUAGAAGAUUGUACAAAAAUACGUGUAGCACCUUAUAACUGGUCUUACGAAGAUCAAGCAAAUCACUUUAAUCUAGCUGGGCUUGAUCCAAAAAUAAAUAACUGGAAUUGUGUCGAUGAUUUUAAUUGGUUAUCUAACGAGAAACAUUCACCAAAUUGGAGCAUUCUAGAACCUGAAUUACGUGUAAAAAAUUGGGAUUAA